GUCAGCUGAUAACAGUCACCUGACAAGGCGCAGUGUUUACAAGACACAAAUAGACAAAAAGACAAGACAGAAACAGACAAAAAGGCACGACAGGUGCAAAGAAGGAUAUUGUAAAGCAGUUCCCUUUUCACUCAGACGGCGCCCACCAUGAGGAGUUUGCUUGCAGCCCUGCUGUUUCUCUUCAGCUGCCUUGGCAGAUGCACGUACCUGGAGUCUGACCAGAACACCUCCAUCCCUGAGGGCUGGAUCGAUGCGGGGCGUGUGGCAGCCUCUGAUCAGGUUCAGCUGACCUUCGCACUUAAACAGCGGAAUGUGAAAGAGCUGAGAGAGCUGCUGGGCCGGGUGUCGGACCCAGAUUCCCCUCAGUACGGGAAGCACCUGUCCCUGGAGCAGCUCUCCUCCAUGGUCCAGCCCUCGGAACUGACCCAGAAGGUGGUGCGGAGGUGGCUGGAGAGCCACGGGGUGCAGGAUUGCCAGAGCGUGGAGACCCAGGACUUCUUGCAGUGUGCCAUGCCAGCCCGUGUGGCGGAGAAGCUGCUGCCCGGCUGUGAGUUUAGCCGCUAUGUGAACGGGCAUCAGUCGCUGGUGAGGUCGCCAGUCCCAUAUGGGCUGCCUGACGAGAUGUCUGAACACCUAGACUUCGUGGGAGGGGUCCACAGAUUCCCUGACUCGAAGGUGGCCCUGAGGCGUACUUGGGCCAAUGGAAAGAAGCGGAAGGCGGAGUUUCACCUGGGGGUGUCGCCCUCCAUCCUCAGGCAGCGCUACAACCUGACAGCCAGCGACGUGGGCUCCUCCCAGAACAACAGCCAGGCCGUAGCUCAGUUCCUGGAGCAGUUCUUCCACCCUGCGGACCUGGCAGAGUUCAUGAAGCUGUUCGGGAGAGGAUUCAAGAACCUGCCCGAAGUGGAGAGGGUCGUCGGCAAGCAAGGGGGUGGGAAGGCAGGGCUCGAGGCGAGCCUGGACGUGGAGUACAUCAUGAGCACUGGAGCCAACAUCCCCACCUGGGUCUUCACCAAUCCAGGCAGACACGAGUCCCAGGAGCCGUUCCUGCAGUGGCUGCUGCUGCUCAGCAACAUGUCUGCGGUGCCCUGGGUGCACACCAUCAGCUACGGGGAUGACGAGGACAGCCUGUCCCAGGCCUACAUGCAGAGGAUCAACGUGGAGUUCAUGAAGGCCGGGGUGCGCGGGGUCACCCUGCUCUUCGCUUCAGGUGACAGUGGUGCUGGCUGCAUGAAAGCCAGCAAAGGGGGUAACACUUUCAGACCCAGUUUUCCAGCCUCCAGUCCCUAUGUGACCACAGUGGGCGGGACAUCCUUCAAGAACCCCUUCCAGGUCACUUACGAGGUGACGGACUACAUCAGCGGCGGCGGGUUCAGCAACGUGUUUGAGAUGCCCGACUACCAGGUAAAUGCUGUGAACUCGUACCUCAAAGGAAUGAAGGCUCUUCCUCCCAAGACCUACUUCAACACCAGCGGGCGAGCUUAUCCGGACGUGGCAGCUUUGUCUGAUAACUACUGGGUGGUCACCAACAGAAUCCCCAUCCCGUUUGUGUCUGGCACUUCGGCCUCGACUCCUGUGUUCGGAGGGAUCCUGUCCUUGAUUAAUGAUCACCGUUUCCUCAAAGGUCUCCCGUCUCUGGGGUUUCUGAACCCGCGCCUCUACAAGCUGCAGGGGAGCGCCAGCAGUGCCCUCUUCGAUGUGACAGAAGGAUGCCACCUGAGCUGCCUGGACGAGCAGGUCCAAGGACAGGGGUUCUGUGCCGCUCCAUCCUGGGACCCAGUCACGGGCUGGGGGACCCCAAACUACCCCGACCUCCUGACUGCUCUCGGGGAUUAAGAACGAGCUGCCCUGCAAAUCAGGAGUCAACUGCAGAGUGUCGGGGGGGGGGGGGGCUGGAAACCCUGUUUGGAAAGAGAGAGCUUGCUGCUGCUUCUUAAUAAUAAUAAUAAUAAUAAUAAUAAUAAUAAUAAAAAAAAAAAUGAUUGAUUUUUUUUUUAAAUAUAUGUUGACCAGACUUUGGGGGGCAUUUGAUGUGUGUUUUUGUUUGGAAAUCUCUUCAGUUAAAAUCGUACCCGAGUUAAAACACAGAAUUCACAGAAAUGGUAGUGGUAUGGGGGGAGCAGUGAUGAAGAUGUGCUGAAUAAAUAACACUCCUUCAGAAGCAGCAGUACAAGGCAAAGGACCAGCUUCUCAAAUGAAAAGUAAGAGGAAGACGUGGACAGGGUUUUCUGUGAGGACGGCUUUUUUGUUUUGUUUUGUUUUUUAAGCUUUGCUUGUUUUCUGUUAGACAAGCUUAAUUAAGGAUGGGAGAUACCUGAUGACUUUGUGCCCAAGGAUCUCAUUUUGAAGUUAAUCAGAGAGACCGCUCCGAACGAGGGCUCUUAAAGCUAGAGAUUUGUGAUUUGAUUUCCAGCUGAAUCUGCUACCGUCAUCAUCCUGUUCAUUAAAAGAAUCAGACCCCAUUACCUUGAAAACGACCAGAAAUGUCACAAUCUACCUUCUGAUGUAGGGCAGAUUACCCUGACCAACUGAAAAAAAAUAAUAAAAUAAUAGCUACUCACAGUUAAUGUUACGCAGUCAAAUCGGUGCUUCUUUUAAGAGAUAAUCUUUCCUUGCUGUAGGCUAUGAUCCCCCCCUGACCAUAAUAAUUAUCUUACUCCUGCGUGGGUACAGGGUCAAAUUAUAAAAGGAGCGCCUGUUCAAAUAUAAACUGCACUGACUGAUAGAAACUCAGUACUUUUUUUUUUAAGCUCUUAUGUUUUGAUGAACAAGGGAUGGAUGGAUAGAUAGAUAGAUAGAUAGAAUAUAUAUUUUUUAUAAAUGUUAUGGUUUUCUUGCGCCCAGCCAGUGUCUCGUUCUCAGGUGCCUUGUUUCCUUGCUCAUAUUUUUAGGCGGAUGUAAUGCAAGUUACUGCAAUGGUGGAAACCCAGACUGCAAGCUUCAUUUUGCUAUUUUGUCAAAAUUAUUUUCAAAGGUACAACUGAAUAUUUUGUGAAAUUUAAUUUACAAAUUCUUAUACAUUGAGACAAAAAAAACAAAUAAAGUGCAUUUUGAAAAAAACAAAAG